AUGGAUGGCGCAUGCUCAGAGAACGGUGGACUGACCGCGAGAGGGGGUUGGUCUGUCGUCUACAAGCGUUGUUCGAGAUUUCCCGAGGCUGGCCGCGUUAGUUUCGCACUUGAAGAAAAAGGCCCUACUGGCAAAAUACACCAGCACACAAGCAAUCGAGCUGAGCUGCGAGCCGUUAUCGCUGCGUUGCGGUAUCGAAGCUGGAAAGGAGAAGGCUUCAAAAGCCUGGUUAUCGCGACUGAUUCUGAGUACGUGGCCAAUGGUGCAACGCAAUGGGUAAAGUCAUGGAGACGAAAUGGCUGGAAAAUGAGGAACGGGGCCGCCGUUAAGAACCAAGACCUUUGGAAGUUCAUGCUUGGUGAGAUUGAAAUGUAUGAGGAGAAGGGUUUGCGGGUGCAAUUUUGGCGGAUUCCAAGACAAUGGAACGACGAAACGGAUCUGUAUGCUAAAAGGGAUGUCAAGAAACCCCCGCAUCGGAAUUACGAAGAUAUUCACGGGGUUUUAACUUGA